AUGGCUCCAAGUUUGAAACACCCCGAACUAGAUGCAAAGUUGCAAGAGGAUGCUCCGGAACAUUGUCCGGGUCCGGAGUCUGAGCAAGCCGGUAAAGAGGAUGCAUGUAAAGGGUGUGCUAAUCAAGAAAUUUGUUCAUCGCAGUUACCAAAAGGACCUGAUCCAGAUUUGCCACUAAUAUACAAACGUCUUCAGCACAUUAAACACAAAAUCUUGGUGCUACUGGGGAAAGGCGGAGUUGGAAAGUCAACGUUUACAUCGAUGCUUUCGUGGGCUAUUGCCGCAGAUGAAGAUUUAGAAGUGGGUGCAAUGGAUCUCGAUAUAUGCGGACCCUCUCUACCUAGGAUGCUUGGUGCCGCGGAAGGAGAAAGUGUUCAUCAGUCGAAUAGUGGAUGGAGUCCUGUUUAUGUUGCAGAUAAUUUAGGUUUGAUGAGUAUUUCAUUUAUGUUACCUGAUGCCGACCUGGCAAUUAUUUGGAGAGGCGGGAAGAAGAAUGGGUUGAUUAAGCAAUUUUUGAAAGAUGUUGAUUGGGGUGAAAAGUUAGAUUACCUUGUGGUGGAUACACCACCUGGCACGAGUGAUGAACAUCUCUCGGUUAAUGCUUUGAUGAAAGAAGUUGGUAUAGAUGGUGCAUUGAUUGUAACAACGCCUCAAGAAGUUGCAUUGUUGGAUGUGCGGAAGGAGAUUGAUUUUUGUAAAAAAGCAGGUAUAAAGAUAUUGGGACUCGUGGAGAAUAUGUCCGGGUUUGUUUGUCCUAAUUGUCAUGGAAAAAGUCAAAUCUUCAAGGCUACUACUGGUGGCGGAGAAAAGUUGUGUAAAGAAUUGGGUAUUGAGUUUCUUGGGCUGGUCCCUCUUGAUCCUAGAAUUGGAAAAGCUUGUGAUGAUGGUGAGUCAUUCUUCGAUUUGUAUCCAGAUUCACCUGCUGCCACUGCAAUUCUCGAUGUAGUUGAUGCUUUACGCGAUCAAGUAGAAUUAAGCAUGAGCGGACUUCACCUAGAGUAA